ACACACAAAUGCGCGCUUCUCUCUCUCCUAUUUCUAUCAGCAAAAAAAUAUACAAAAGGUACUCUUUUUUAUUUUAUUUUAAUCCAAACAGCAACUCUUCUUCUCUCUCACUCUCUCUUGCUGUCACACACACUGCAAAAAGAAAAAAACUUAAUUUGAUAUGUUUCAGACAAAAUCUAAGCAAUAAUUAUUAUAAUAAACAAAAGCUAAAUUACAAUCAAGAAGAGGAAACCUUAAAACACUGUCUGGUUUUUGAACAACAGCAACAGCAACGGCAAACACCAAAACCGAAAGCCCUUCCAGAUCUCCUUCUCCAGAUCCCUUUCUGUCAUAAAACCCUUCAAUCCAAGGUUUAUUUGGGGUUUUGUCUUCCUGGGUAUUCUUUCUUUUUGCUGAAUUUUUUUUGGCUGUUUGUUUCUUUUGGGCUACGGGUUUUAAAGGGUUUAUAAGCAUUUCUCCAUGAAACCGACCUUUGUAGCUGGUUCUGGCACCUGGGUUCGCUUCGAAAUACUGGCUUUUGAUUGAUUUACUAGACUUUUCUCUUUGAUUUUUUGUUUGUUUUUGGGUCUGGAAAGACUGAGUUGGGGUUUCUGAAAUGGGUAGUAGCUCCGCUGACCCCAACUGUAAUAUCAACAACAUCAACACCAAAGCCAUUGAUGCAUCUGUGGGUGCUUUAGUUUGGGUCCGCCGGAGAAACGGCUCAUGGUGGCCGGGUCGGAUUGUGGGUCUCGAUGAGAUUUCUGAGGGUAGUUUGGUCUCGCCAAGAUCAGGCACUCCUGUUAAACUUCUUGGCCGCGAGGAUGCCAGUGUAUGCUUUAUUUUGUUGGUUUAGGGAUUGGUAUAAUCUUGAAAAGUCAAAGAGGGUGAAGGCAUUUCGAUGUGGGGAAUAUGAUGAAUGCAUUGAAAAGGCAAAGACUUCCGCUGCAAAUGGUAAUAAGAGAGCUGUGAAAUAUGCUCGGAGAGAAGAUGCCAUUCUCCACGCCUUAGAGAUUGAGAAUGCUCGCCUAGGCAGGGAUCAACUGGACUUCUUCUCUAGAAGUGAUAAUUUGGGUGAAGAGCAUGGUAGUUCAGCCAAAGAAUCAAGCAUGUCUUUUUCUGGAAAAGAAGAUGGUGAUAUGACUGAUGGGGAUAGUUAUUCUGAAGACAAUUCAGACAUGGAUGCAGAUUCAGAUUCUGGUUUGAAUACUGAUUCAGGCUUGGGUUCAGAUUUAGCACCAGAAUUAUCAGAGUCUGGUACAUCCUCUGAGGAGCCAAAUUAUAAUGGUGCUUGUAAGAUGCAGUCUUUGCCAGGAAAGAGGAGAAGAACCCCAAAUGAUUCUGAGGAUGAUGGAACAGAAGGAAUUAAGCGAAUGAGAGGACUUGAGGAUCUUGGAAUUGGUGUAGGAGAUUCAAACACUGGGAAUUGUAUGCAUAAUAUCUGUCCUGUAAAUGGUAGCAAAGGUUAUAACUUGUUACUGAAAAGAAAAAGGUCUCAAGUAGCAAAUGUUAAUGAGCUCUUGAAAAGAAAAAAUCGUCACCGACCAUUGACAAAAGUUUUAGAGAGUACGGCCAUGGUGUGUGUUCCAGUUAUUUGUGACCAUCUUUCCAGUCCAAGUAGCUUGCCUCUUCCGGGAUUAUCUGACGGUAAGAUUUCUGGAAUAGAAUCAAAUGGGUCUAGAAAAGACUGUUCCUUUGCAACCAAUAAUAACUCAGACAGUUAUGGAGUUUCUUGUGAGAAUGGUAGCUCAUCAAAGUCUUCUGAUCAUGCUUAUGAUGCUGCUCUCAUUAAUCACAAGUUGAAGAAGGAAAAAGAUAUUUCCAGCAUAUCCAGGCCAGCUGAGAACAUUUCUGUGGACAGGUUAUUUGAUGUGCCAUUUGUUGGGGAGGAAAAACACUCUACAGGUUUUUCUCCAAUACUUGUGUCCUGUUCACCUGGAAAGCAUCAAAUUGGUGGAUUGGGGAAGCAAUUUAGUCAAAGCAGUCAAGCAGAAGCUGUAUUGUUGAAAAAUGAAGCAUGCAACGAAUCUGGUUCUACUAGUCUGGCAGCUGCCUGUAUUUAUAAUAAUUUCAGCCAGAGGAUAGAGAAAGGUGCUUCAAAGUGGCAGUUAAAAGGAAAGAGGAAUUCAAGACACACAAGUAAAAAUAGAAAGCAAGACUCAAGAAAAGAUGACAUGGAUGAUGAACCCAAUGCUUACUUGGCAGGUAUGGAGCACUUGGAUGGAUUCCGUCAGGGUCCUGAUCAGAAAGUUGAUUGUGGUGGAGGUAAAUCCGAACCGUUUUCUGAAUACCGUGUGGAUGCUGUUCGGGACAGGAGCAAGUCUUCUUCUCAUGGGGAAGGUAUGAGGGCGGCAACGGUGGAGUUGUCUGUGCCUCAAAGGUCACUUCCGUACCGUCAAUCACGCUUCAUGGUUAAUUCCAGAUAUCAGACAUCAGAUUUUCCUGGAAGAAAUCUCUCCUCGUGUUCAAAACUAUUUAAUGUUGAGAUCAAGGUUCAACGCAACUACCGGCAGCAGCAUGUUCCGUUGGUUUCUCUAAUGAGUAAAUUGAAUGGUAAAGCCAUUGUCGGUCACCCUUUAACAAUUGAGAAUCUAGAUGAUGGCUAUUCUGAUCUUAUGCUUGGUAGUAAUGAAAGGGAUACAACUCAUGUUACGGAAGGGGAAACUCCCAAACCGGGUUAUGUGGCUAUGCGAAAUAUAGAGGCUGGUAGGACACCUGCCAGGCGUAUGACAAUGAAACCAAGAUCUUCACCAAGAAAAUCACACAAAUUAAGGAAAUGUGGGUUGCUUUCUAAAAAGAUUCGGAAACUGUCUUCUUUGACAGGGAAAAGAGUAGAAGAUAGAAAACCGGUGGUGGAGAAGCCUGAGGGUCCUGUUAUAGCUUGUAUCCCCCUCAAACUAGUGUUCAGUAGGAUAAAUGAGGCAGUGAAUGGUUCAGCAAGGCAAACACACCGUGCCUUACCAUCAAGCAACUCGUGAACCGUGUUCUCUGGAAAGGUUGGAGAAUUUUGGAUUAAAAUGAUAAAUUUGUUUAGUUUUGGGGCGCGCGUCGUCACGGGAGCCUGUUUUAGUUGGGGCACCUAGUUUUCUGCAUAUCCAAAUGAUGUCUGAUCUGUGGCAUGUUUGCUUCACCCUGAAGGUGGAAACUCUCGGUUACAAUUCCAUGAGCUUUCUCACCGUUGUAGAGAUGGACAGAUAGGAUUAAGAACAAUGGAGGCUGUCUAGCUGUGUACAUAUGUAACGGUAGUUGAAGUGUAAAUUAAAGAUGGCGACCUUGGUUGGUAUAAGGUACUUGUGGCCUGAUGCUAGGUUUUAAAUUUAUGAAUUGAGGUUGGUUUAGAGGGCAAAUAACUUGAGUUUUUUCAGCGACUGGUCUGUGACAUGAUAACAAUUUUGAGGGUAAAUUAUACUCUACAUUUACGCCUUGUGUUGUACUUGUGGCCUGAUGUUAGGUUAAAUUUAUGAAUUGAGAUUGGUUUAGAGGGCUAAGAA